GGGCGUUGUUUGGCCGCGCUCUCGGUUCUGGCCAUGCCAUGAUCCCGUGAGUUGGUCUAUUGGCGGCAGUGCGGUCCGGACGGCACACGUACGGGCGCGAAAGGAAUGUUCAGAGAUUUCCAAGAUGGCGAAGAAGACGCAGGCGGAAAAAGCGGCGCAAAGUGAAGAAACUGCCAAGGCUAAUGAUGAAGCGCUCAACGAAGACGAGGAGCCCAAUUUCAGCGAUCCCGAAGAUUUCGUAGACGAUAUCACCGAUGAAGAGCUUCUUGGCGACAUCUUGAAGCAAAAACCUUCAGAAACAGAUGGCGUGGAAUCCGUCAUUGUGGUGGAUAAUGUACCUCGAGUAGAGCCAGACAAGUUAGAGAAGCUUCAGUCUGUCAUUAACAAAGUAUUAGGGAAGUUCGGUACAAUAGUCAAUCAGUACUAUCCGGUCAAUGAGAGCGACGGCAAGACCAAAGGUUAUAUAUUCCUUGAAUAUAACAAUCACUUAAACGCUCUCACAGCUGUCAAAUCAACUAACAAUUACAAGAUUGAUAAGUCCCACACAUUCAAAGUUAAUCUUUUCACGGAUUUCAAGAAGUUCGAAGAUAUUCCUGAAGAUUGGGAACCUCCGAAGGCUCAGCCCUUCAAGGCUGCUAGCGAUUUACAUUAUCAUUUGCUGGAGCCUGAUGCUUAUGAUCAAUUCUGUGUUCUUUGUGGCAAUGGGGCGGGUGUGUCGGUGCAAAUUUGGCAGAAUUCCGCACCGGAACCUACUCUUCUCGAAGAACGUAAUCGUUGGACGGAAACUUACGUAAAAUGGUCGCCGUUAGGUACAUAUUUGGCCACAUUUCACAAACUUGGAGUUGCGCUGUGGGGUGGUCCUAACUUUACUCAACAAGCUAGAUUUAGCCAACGCGGUGUGGAGUGUAUCGAUUUUUCACCGGAAGAACGUUACCUGGUGACUUACACACCGCGCACUGAUCUCGGACAAGACGGAAAGCGCUUAGUAAUCUGGGACAUUCUAACCAGCCAGGAGAAACGAUCCUUCUUCCCCGAUGGAUCUUCUGUCUGGCCAAUUUUCCGCUGGUCUCACGAUGAUAAGUAUCUGGCUCGUAUGGGCGAAGACAUCCUCAGUGUGUACGAAACUCCGUCGUUCGGUUUGUUGGACAAGAAGAGUAUAAAAAUCCCAGGAAUUAGAGAUUUCAGUUGGUCGCCGACGGAUAAUGUUCUCGCUUAUUGGGUGCCCGAGGACAAGGAUGUUCCGGCGAGAGUAACUCUGCUCGAGAUACCCAAUCGAAAUGAAAUACGAAAUAAAAAUUUGUUUAACGUAGCCGACUGCAAAAUUUUCUGGCAGAAAUCUGGUGAUUAUCUAUGCGUAAAAGUCGACCGUUUUGCUAAGCGCAAGGAAAAAACGGAGCAGAAGUACACUGGUAUGUCGUACAACUUUGAGAUUUUCCACAUGAGAGAGAAACAAAUCCCUGUGGACAGUGUGGAGAUAAAGGAACCGAUUCAUGCUUUUGCGUGGGAGCCGGUAGGCAGCAAAUUUGCCAUCAUUCACGGAGAAAUACCGAGUGUGAACGUCAGCUUUUACGAGGUGCGAUACGGUCAUCAGCCGGCACUUCUCAAACGAUUAGAAAAAAAAGCUUGCAAUCAUCUGUUUUGGUCGCCAUCGGGUCAAUUUAUUGUUCUCGCCGGUCUAACAACAAUGGCUGGCGCUUUGGAGUUUAUCGACACUAAUGAUUUUACUAUAAUGAAUUCCACUGAUCAUUAUCAAACCUCAGACGUGGAAUGGGAUCCUACUGGCAGGUAUGUUGUCACAGCGGUGUCUAGCUGGAAGACUAGCGUCGAUAACGGUUACUGGAUAUGGACCUUCCAGGGUCGUAUUCUGAAGAGAGUCAACUUGAAUGCGUUCAACCAGCUGCUAUGGCGGCCACGACACCCGAGUCUGCUCACUGCGGAGCAAAUCAAAGAUAUCAAGAAGAAUCUAAAGAAAUACUCGGCACAAUUUGAGAGCAAGGAUCGUAUGCGAUUGACACGCGCUUCGAAGGAGCUGAUUGAAAAACGCUGUUUGUUGAUGAAAGCGUUCGAGGAGUAUCGCAAGAAACGCAUGGAAGAAUGGAAUAAUCAAAAGCCUCGUCGUCUCGAGUUACGUUGCAAUAUCGACACGGAUGAAUUAGAUUCCGACUCAAAAAAUGUAGAGGAAGAAGUUGUAGAAUUUUUCGUCAAAGAGGAAACAUUCGUGAUCGACGAAAAGUAAACGUUUAUUGCCGAGAAGCUUUUUAAAUUGUUCAACACGUCUUCCGGCUUGGAAAUCUCGUGCGAUAUCAAUUGCCAUCGUGUUAUCGUCGACAGUUGCAGCGAUUACAAUCGCUGCAUUUAUCUUGAGUUUGUGUGAAUCAUGAAGGAUAACAGACAAUUACCCUUGUAUUAUUUCUAUUAUUGCUACAGUCAGAGCGAAGUCGCUUUUAUAAACCCAGUGCUGCGCAAAAAGCGUCGGCAUCGCAACAACACUAAAUUUUAUCACAUCCCGUAUAGAAUAGCACGAAGAGAAAAACUUGUUUUGUUUAUUGACUCUCUGAAUAAAGUGCUAAUUUAUAACAUCAGAAAAACUCAUUUCUAAAAUUUGUGUACACAGAGAUUUAAAAAAGAUUUCAGAAAACUUGUGCGAACUAUUUGGAAUCGAGUUAAGCAUCACAGGAAAAAUUAACGUACAAUCUUUCUAUUUAUUUAACAAAUAUAUCUUACACAGAAUUGAA